AUGAGUGAGCUCUUUCAGAUAAGAUUUUUGCAAUACUUGCUUCUUGAUGUUGCUGAUGUUCUGGACGUUGCUGCUGUUGUAGUUCUGGACGUUGUUGCUGUUGUAGCCGUUGUAGUUGAUGUUGCUGCUGUUGUUGUUGACGUUGUAGCCGUUGUAGUUGUUGCUGCUGAUGUUGCUGCUGUUGUUGUUGACGUUGCUGCUGUUGUUGAUUUUCCGGACGUUGCUGUUGUUGUUGCUGUCGUUGAUGUUCCGGACGUUGCUGUUGUUGUUGCUGUCGUUGCUGUUGUUGCUGUCGUUGAUGUCGUUGAUGUUGUUGCUGUCGUUGACGUUGUUGCUGUUGACGUUCUAAAUGGCC